AUGUGGGAAGGAGAAGGUGAUACACAGGGGGGAAAGAGUAGAAAUGGAAUGAAUAAAGAGGGGGGAGAGUGUGGGCGUGGGGAAGAGCGGAAACCGGGGAGAAGAAGGGAAAAAGGAGGGAAACAGAAGGCAAAGGGGACACGCAGGGGAGGUGGAAGGCAGGGAAAAGGAUUCGAACCAAAGACAAAGUGGAAAGAGGUUGUGAAGCUGGCGAUAUCACCUUCUGGGCGUUGGUGGAGUUGGGGAAUGAAAGGUGAUCGAGGGGAGGUGCACACCAAGGAGCAUAGGUUCUGGAAUGUCCCAAAAGUGUGGAUCAUCUCAAUAGUUAAUCAAGCUGUAACUUCUUUGAAUGGGUUGAUGAUGAAGGAAGCGAUGGAUUUCGAAUGGAGGGAGCUUCAAAAGAAGAGUGAGAAAGAAGUUGAAUUGUGUAUGAAAAAAGUGAUGCAGAUGCCCCCCUUUCAGCAAUUGUAUGCAGCCUUCCAGCUUGUGUGCAGCCUUCCAGCUUGUGAUGCAGCCUCCAGUGAAGAUCCAGCCUUUGUUAUGCAGAUCCAGGUUGUUGAUGUAGAACCCCCCUUUUGUCCUCGAAGAGGAGUAAAUUGCCUUGAAGAUGUUAACCAGCGGUAUGAGGAGGUGUUGGUGGUGCCGCCAUGGACGGCCAGGAGAUCAACGGCCGAAGGUGCAAGUCCGAGGAAUGGGACUCUGGUGCUUGCUAAGGAGAGAACUCGCCGGCAAGAUUGGUUUAACGGUUUUACCCUUUACAAAGGUGGCUGGAAUAUCAGCAACGCGUAUUAUAUAAAGUCAGUUAUGUCUACUGCGUUUCCUUUUUUCGUUGUGGCUGCAGCCUGGUUCGUGAUUUUUGGAGUUGUUUUACUUAUCGGCUGUGCUUGUUGCUGCUGUUGCAACGGAGGAGAACCAAGCGACUAUUCCAAAAUUGUCCAUUAUUUUUCGUUGUUCUUGCUUAUAAUCAGCACCAUUAUCACAAUAGGUGGAUGUGCUCAGUUGUACUCUGGUCAGGGGAAUAUUGAUGGAAGCACUUCCGAGACACUUGAUUACGUUUUAAAUCAGGCACAAUUCGUGGCUGAAAACCUCAACACCAUAUCAAAUUAUUUCGAUUCGGCUAAGCGCGUUGUGAGGGAGCCUCCUCUGCCACUAGACAUAGAUCUUGGACCGGACCUUGAUGACAUCAAAUUAAAAAUAGACCGUGCUGCUGAUACUCUCUCCAACAAAGUUAGCGCUAACUCAAAGACCAUACGCAAAGCCAUAGAUGUAGUAAGACUGGCUCUCGUUAUCGUUGCUGUUGUUUUGUUCUUUGUUGCAUUUCUCCGGCUCUGUAUGUUUGAAUUUGCCUUAUUCUUUUCUGGACCAUAUGCUAAGUGUUUAUCAGAUUAUAUAGGAUCUCAUUUGGGUUCCUUGGUAGUUAUUGGAUGGAUUCUUGUCACUUGUACCUUGGUACUUUGUGCUGCAUUUAUUUUUGUUCAUAAUGUGACUGGAGAUACAUGUGUUGCGAUGGAUGAAUGGGUUGUGAACCCCACCGCCCACACUGCACUGGAUGACAUUUUUCCAUGCGUGGAGGAAAAAGCUGUUCUGGAAACAUAUUUAAAAAGCAAGAUCCUCACAUAUAAAAUCGUUGAAGCAUUUGACAAAGUCAUUUCCAACUUCACCAACUCAAAUACUCAAUCAGGCCCCCUCGUCCCUCUUCUCUGCAAUCCAUUUAAUUCAGACCUAACAAGUCGCAACUGCUCUUCAGGGGAAGUCACAUUCCAAAACGCCAUCCAGGUUUGGAAAAACUUUACGUGCCAGGUUUCGUCGAGUGAAAAAUGUACGAGUGCAGGUCGUUUGACACACAGCAUUUACACGAAACUGGGAGAUGCAGUGAAUGUGACGUACGGUUUAUUUGAGUAUGGGCCAUUUAUUGCUGACUUAGUUGACUGCAAUUUUGUUCGGAGAACGUUCAAGGACAUUAGCACCCAUUAUUGUCCACCUCUGCGAAGAUAUUGUGAACAGGUUUAUUUGGGAUCAGUUCUGGUUUCUGCAGCAGUAAUGCUCUCUUUGAUAUCUUCGCUCUUCUUUGUCAGAGAGCAGUGGAUGUUUCUUCACAACAAUGGUGUUCUUUAGUCAGACACAGCAGUUGCUAUUUCAGAAAAAAAAAAAAAUUCGUGUGGAACAGAAAUUUU